UCACAUUUAAAACAGAACAGUGUCAAAAUUAUUUCAUUUCUUCCAUAUCUCUCCAUGUAUAGUUACAUAAUAUAUUUUGAGAUUGGUAGAUUUUUUUCUUAGUGACAGUGAUAACUUGGUUUAUUAGCUCUGCUCUGUGUUGUGACGUUUGUAUCUAGGUCAAAAUGCGAGUCAGAGUAAGACGAAAAGCGGCUUUGGUCGCCUCAGCUUUGUUUCUGGGAUGCUGCUUUGUUAUUUACUUAAUAAUUGAAAUGACAAUGCUGCCGCACCAUGAUGACCCAACGUCUCCUCAAUCUGAGCAGUAUUUGAGAGUCGGUGAAAAUUACAAAACCGUGGACAGAUCAGUGGAUAAUAUUUAUCAUGCUCCACAUAAUGUGUCUUUUGCCCUGCAGUCAGCUCAUUGGUCACCACAACUUGAAAACUGUCCUGCUCUCAGUACUCCAAAUGCUGACAUUCAGAUGUAUGAAAUGUACAACCAGUUGAAGUUUGACAAUAUUGAUGGGGGAGUGUGGAAGCAAGGAUGGAAUAUUGGAUACUCAGCAGAUCAGUGGACUUCAAGAAGGAAACUGCGGAUUUUCGUUGUACCUCAUUCACACAAUGACCCAGGUUGGCUGAAGACAUUUGAGGAUUAUUAUCAGUCACAAACAAAGCACAUCCUCAAUAAUAUGGUUACAAAAUUAUAUGAGGACUCGAAAAGAAAAUUUAUUUGGGCUGAAAUUUCAUUCUUUGCUAUGUGGUGGGAAGGAACGAGUGAAGAGCAACGGGUCAAAGUGAAACGAUUUGUGCAGAGUGGUCAAUUAGAAUUCGUCACUGGUGGUUGGGUAAUGAAUGAUGAAGCAAAUACACAUUAUUUUAAUAUGCUGACUCAAUUAACAGAGGGCCAUCUUUGGCUUCUCAAAAACCUCGGGGUAACACCAAAGAAUAGCUGGUCCAUCGAUCCAUUUGGUUUGAGUUCUUCAAUGGCCUUUCUUGUGCAGAGAGCGGGCAUGCAGAACAUGCUUAUUCAGCGAGUGCACUAUUCUGUCAAGAAAGCAUUAGCAAAGAAUCGACAACUGGAAUUCAGAUGGAGACAGCCUUGGGAUACUGCUGGCACACUUGACAUUUUUACCCAUAUGAUGCCCUUUUAUUCAUAUGAUGUACCACAUACUUGUGGACCUGACCCAAAAAUAUGUUGCCAAUUUGAUUUCAAGCGUCUUCCUGGCUAUGGUCUUUCGUGUCCUUGGAAAGCACCACCUAAAAUCAUAACAAAAGGCAAUGUAGCUGAAAGAGCUGAACUUCUUUUGGACCAAUAUUCUAAAAAAGCACAGCUGUAUCAAACCAAUGUGCUCUUAGUUCCUCUUGGAGAUGAUUUUCGCUAUGACCAUCUUUCAGAGUGGGAUCAUCAGUUUGAUAAUUACCAAAAGAUUUUUGAUCACCUAAACAGCAAACCCAAAUAUCAUGUUGAGGCUAAGUUUGGAACUCUUGAUGACUAUUUUCAAGCAGUGAGAGAGGAAAGAUCACAAUCAGGUUUCCCAUCACUAACUGGGGACUUCUUCACUUAUGCAGAUCGUGAUGAUCACUAUUGGAGUGGUUAUUACACAUCUAGACCGUUUUACAAACGCAUGGACAGAUUAGCAAUGAAUUAUUUGAGGAGCGCUGAAAUGAUUUUUACUCUAGCUUGGAGUGAACAAUUACAAACUAAUAUUCCAGCCGUUAACUCUGUCCAUUCAUGGCUCUUGACUCCUCGUUCAGCUCUACUUCAAAGAUUAGAAGAAGCGAGAAGGCAAAUAAGCUUAUUUCAGCAUCAUGAUGGUAUCACAGGAACUGCAAAAGAUUUUGUCGUUGAGGACUACGCCAGAAAGUUAUAUCAUUCUAUUUUGGGAUGCCAACAUGUCAUUCAAAUGAGUGCCUAUGCAUUGCUUGCACCCCGAAAUGAACAAGCUGUGCCCGAAACUGAUACAGUCUUUUUUAAUGUGGAUGAUGUGUGGCAAGAUCAUCACAGCUUGCCUGAUAGGGUUUCUGUAACACUUGGUGCUCAUUUGGAGGUUGAUUCACGUCGUAUUGUUGUGUUCAACUCUCUUUCAUGGAAACGACAAGAAGUUGUGUACCUUCAAGUUUCUACUCCUCAUGUGAAGAUUACUGACCACAGUGGAAAUGUGAUAAAAUCACAAACUAGUCCCAUCUUUCAACCUGCAGGCAUUUCUGAAUCAAGUUUUGAAGUUGCCUUCAUCACAGAUCUUAAACCAUUGUCCAUUACAACUUACACAGUUUCUUUAUCAGAACCAAAUGACAAAUUUGGAAAUAAUCACUUUGCAUCUGUGCGCAUAAUGAAUGCUAUGAAUCAAGUGAGGAAUGUGAAUGAUAUUUUUAAAUCCAAGCUAGAGCCUGAUUCAAGAGAAUUUAAAGUAAGAAAUGACAAAGUGUCUGUAGCAUUUAACUCUUAUGGUCUCUUGAAAGCUGUUACUGAUCAUACAACUGAUCACACGUCACCAGUUCACCUUGACUUUGCCAAAUACGGAGCCCGUCUUGGAUCAGAACGGAGUGGAGCAUACCUUUUCUUGCCUGAUAAGGAGGCCCAAGUUCUGUCUUUGGAUAGACCUCUUAUUAAGGUCAUUGAGGGGCCUAUCUACAAUCGAGUGGAAGUUGAUCUGCCUGGUGUCGUUCACUCAGUCACCUUGCUUAAUAGCCCAGGUGUCGAUUCUGCCGGCCUGGAAAUUAUUAACAAAAUUGACAUAACUCAAUUUGCAAAUUUUGAGAUGGUGAUGCGUGUAUCAUCAAAUGUUCGCAGUCAGGAUGAAUUUUUCACUGACCUGAAUGGAUUACAGAUUGUGAAAAGAAAACGAUUGGCACAACUCCCUCUUCAGGGGAACUAUUAUCCACUCCCAAGCCAAAUUUUCAUCCAAGAUGAACAAAUGCGUCUGACUUUGUUGUCAUCUCAGCCUCUGGGCACUGCUUCUCUUAAAGAGGGUCAGAUUGAGGUUAUGCAAGAUAGAAAACUCAUGCAAGAUGACAACAGAGGACUUGGCCAAGGUGUGGAAGAUAACAGAGUAACUCGUACUAAAUUUAGACUGCUCUUAGAAGCAGUUGUGCCUGGCUGUGCAGUCAACAAUGCAGUUGUGCCCACUCCAUCAUUGACUGCACACCUGGCACUUCAGUCUAUGCUGCAUCCUUUGCACAAACUGACAUGGCGUGAAAAUACUUCACCCAAAUUAAGUUUAAGUUACUCUCCCGUAAGCCAAGUAAGAUCACCAGAUUUGGAUAUUCAUAUUGUUUCUUUGCGUUCCAUCACAACUCUUCCUAGCCCCACUGGCCCUGGGACUUCUGUAAACAAGUCAGAUCAGGCAGUAACAGGUGGACUAGUUUUGCAUAGACUCUUGAUUGACCGCUGCUUCCCACUACCUUCAAAUUUCCAUGAACCCAAAAUAUGUCAGCCUGGUGAUUCAUGUGGAAGAUUUCUUCUAAGUGAUCUCUUUCCUAACCAUUUUGGACAAUGGAUGCAGCCAGCCUCUUUGUCUUUCCUUCACACUAGUCCACCUCAGGAGCGUAAUCAGCCUCAACCACUCUGUGCUAUGGACAUGCGAGCCUUCCUUCUGUCAAAGUGACAUGGAAAAAGGUGAAUAGUCACCGCCACUGACAAACUAACUGAAAUGUGAGAACUUCAUUUUUAUUUGUUUCUAUCUGUAACUUGAUACAUAGUUACAUCUUUCACUCAUCAGAAAUAAUUUUAUCUAUAUUGAUUUAAGUGGCCAGUUACAUUUUUCACCAAGUAGACAUUAGUGAAUGCUUCAUGCCUUAUGUUGAUUGAAUUGACUGAAGAAGGGGAAAAGGGGGAGAUGUAGAAAUUAAGGUACCAUUACCAUUUGACUAUUAGGUAAAUUUUUAUACUUUUCCCAUAGGUGGAAAACAGGUGAACAUUAGGUAGUUUGCACUUUAUGCAAAUCUCUCCACCUAUGGUUCUGUUUCUGUUCCUAGUCAUAAAAAAAAGUGGUGUAUGACUUUGCUUUCAUGCAACCACAGUCUUCCUACCUUUUCAACUCAACCUUGUGUUUGGCGUUGACCUCUGUGUAUAUAUAAUUAUGUAAUUGACUGCUUCAGAGGCUCUUGCUAGGGAACUUAUUUUUAAACUUGUCACACAUUAUACUAAUGUCAACUUUACUGUUAAAAUACAAAUGAUAUUGUGUGAGUGUUUCACUACAUAGCAAAGAUUUUGUGAGUUUCAUGUUUCUCAUGUCACAUGCGUUCACUCCUAUGCUUUAUUUAUUAUUGACUGUUUGACUGUGAUGUGUUGUUAAGUAGGUAGUUUUAUGUUUUAGUAGUGAGUAUUUGACGAUCAAUAAAAAAUUAUGGGAAAGACCACUCUGCAGGAAAGCAUAGGCAUUUGUUACCGCGGAUGUUUUGUAAUAAUUACAUUUUAAUAUUUCUACAAUACUUUUCUCAGUAUUUUUUUUAGCCAUGCGGGAAAGUAGGAUUUUAUCUGUAAGGUCCAUAGUUCUUUGGAUUAUAUUUUUAUGAGGUCAUGUGGUGAUGAAACAUAAGAAUUGUAUCAACUGUUGUCACAGGGAAAAAAAAACCACAACAUAAGUGAUAUUUGAUAUUAUUGUGUAUAUCCUACUGUAUCCAUCAUUCAAUGUGAUAUUAUUUUCUUUCUUGUUUUUGAUAAGAGAGCACAUUUUUUUUUUGUUUCUGAGGUUCAGUGGUGAAGAAGGGUGUCUGUGACUGUAAGAUAAAGAAAAUAAUGGAAGGAUGUUCAAUAUGAUAUUUGAAGUUUAUAAUUCUGUUAUAGCAUUAAGCUCCUGAAGAGAUUCUGAAUUUCAUUUAGCUUUCUUCAUUCAGUGCUGAACCUAUUUGUUUCUAGAGUAUUCAGUAUUUUUUUGUUGGCUUAUACCUUAUUUUAACCUCAUUGUGUUGGAUAUCAAAUUUAACAGUGUCUUCAUAAAGGAACGUUCAAAUGU